UUGUAUUCAAUGAGUAAGCGGCUCGAUAAAACAGAAGGCAACCCUCAACAUAGAAUGUUAAAUAUUAUUCAGUUUUAAUUGUCUGCAGUUAGUAAUUUUUGAAACUAUUCACAUAAAAUGAGCGACGAAUCUACUGAAAAUAUAAUCUGGACCAUAAAAAAUGGAGAAUUAGAUGCCGUUCAAACAGCUUUUAGCAAUGAUACUCAGAAAGUUAAUACAGAGAUCAAAGGAAGAUUUCCAAUACAUUACGCGGCUGAUUUUGGACAGCUGAAUGUACUCCAAUUCUUGGUUAAAUUGGGAGCCGAUGUAAACAGAAAAGACAAACAUGGAAUAACUCCACUUCUGGCCGCUGUCUGGGAGGGUCAUACGAAAUGCGUGGAGUUUCUGUUGGAGAAGGGUGCAGACAAAAAUGGAGUAACUCCAGACGGCCAGAGUUAUGUUGAUGUGGCAGAGAACGACGAUAUCAAGAAAUUGCUUGUAUGAAUAUAAUUGUAAAUC